AUGACCAAGAAUACUCCAUUGAUAACUUUCUGCCAACGUCCCGGCUUUGGUGAUGAAGGAAAUGGCUUAAGAAAGAAGACUGAAGUUUUGACCAACAGAUUCGAAGUGCGGAUGAAAAAGACAUCAAUAUAUUAUCAGUAUAUAGUCGAAUUCUAUUUUGUUCGGCGUAACGAAGAUGAAAGUUACCGAACGGAGCGUAUUUAUAUUCCCGAUUUUGGUAAGCUCCGAAGGCGCAUUUUCAAUACUUUCCAAACAAGUCACCAGUCGGAUAUUUUCCAAAACUUCGGCGCUGCAUAUGAUGGCGGCAAUAUUGUUUAUACAACGGGCAAGCUAACUCUUGGAGAAAAUGGUUGCAGCGAACUUGUUGAAUUGAAUGACGAUCGCAAUUAUGCUGGCGAGUAUUAUAUAGAAAUAAAAAACCAUGACGAGCCGGAAAUCUCACUCGAAGGUCUGGGAGCCGUUUUAACUAGCAAUAAUUUUGAGUGGGACUUUUUCGAUAACAAAGGCUUGAAAAUGAUUAAUGCCUUCUUAUAUCAUAAACCACUUCUUAAAUAUACCCAAUAUGGCAAAUCCAUAUUUGACCGUGAGACUAAACAAUCGCUUGGAGGUGGCCUGGAGCUGUGGCGGGGAUUAUUUGCAAGUGCUCGUCCGGGUGACGGCAAAGUCUAUCUGAAUGUGAAUUUGAGUUAUAUGACCGCUUAUGAGCCGGUUAACUUGGAAAGGUGGAUUUGUAACUUUAUCGGCAAAGAGAGACUGCCGGAUGAGUUUGACGGACGAACAGUUGUCCGUAUAGGCAAGGCCAUAAGAAACAUAAAAGUCAGACCUCUCCAUCGCCCGGAAUGUAAGACCAAAUACAUCGUCUGCAAACUGCAUGAUAAAAAUGCGCACCAGGCUAAGUUUACCGACAAAGAUGGAAAGCAAAUAAGUGUCGCCGAGCAUUUUAAGAAUGCCUAUGGUGUAACAUUGAAGACAGGCCAUUUAAUCGAAACUAGCAAAGGGAAUGUUCUGCUUCCGAUUGAAUAUUGUGAGAUCAUUGAGGGACAACGAUAUCUCAGGCGUUUGACCGGCGAACAAUGCUUUAAGAUUAACAGAAUCACAACAAAACGUCCCGGCACAAACAAGGGUCUUAUUUUGAACAUCAAGAAAGUAUUGUUACUUGAACAAGAAGGUCUAUUCCAACAAGCCGGUUUUGCUGUCGAUAUGGAAAUGGCUCUCGUGCCAGCGCAUUUCAAAGAAAUGCCAGAACUCACCUUCUCAUCUUCUGGUAGAUCUAUUAGUGUCAAACCGAAAGAGUUUGAUGCUACAUGGAAAUUGCAUGAUAUAAAAUUCUUCAAAGGGGGCGAGAAGCUACAGAGUUUAUUUGCUACUUCGUUUUUGCCGAAAACUUCCUCAAAGCAAGUCGAGGGAUUCCUUCGCCAAUUAGGCGCUCAAGUUAGAAAAUUGGGUAUGGAAGUCUCAACAGAAACUCCACAAGUCGAGUGUGUCCAAUGGGGAAACGAUGAACGACGGGCUCAUGAAGAAAUUUUAAAAAUCUUGAAGAAUAAGAAAUCUAAGAACUGUUUGCCCCAACUUGUUUUUUACAUUCUCAAAGGUAAAGUAUGGUCCUGCCACCAAUAUAAUCUUGUCAAAAUAAUCAGUGACACCGAAGUUGGCAUCUUAUCCCAAUGCAUCCAGGCUCAGCAUAUCAAUUGUACGAAUAUGUCACGCCUCUCCAAUGUCGCCUUAAAACUUAAUCUAAAACUCAAUGGCAUAAAUUACAUCAUGGACCCGCCUCGAAUCAAAAAAGUAUUUACGAUGUUUCUCGGAACCGCUAUCACUCACCUAUCACCGGGAGUUCCAUCGAUUGCAGCAGUUGUCGGAUCCGUUGAUGAACAUGCCGUUCAAUACGUAGAGAGACAUCGACUACUGCACCGACUACUGCGCAAGAAAUCAAAGAAAAGCCGGAAAACCGGUCGUGGUAAUGAAGAAGUCAAUGUCGAUAUGAUCGAUAUGGUAUACGAGCUUCUAUGUGAAUUUAAAGGCGCCCGUAAGUCGUUUCCGCAAAGCCUCAUAAUGUGCAGAAGUGGUAUCAGCGAAAGUGAAUUUCAGUCUUUGGCAUUGGAAACGGAACUCCCUUCCAUAAAAGCGGCAUGCCACAAAGUGGAUCCGAACUAUAACCCGUCGAUUACCUAUAUCGUCGCUUGCAAAGUACGCAAGACAAGAUUUUAUCCUAAACAUCGGUUUGAUAGUGACAAAACGGGAAACGUAAAACCCGGAUUGACUGUUGAGCGUGACAUCACUCACCCGCAAUUCUUUGAAUUUUAUAUCAAAUCGCAUUCGAAUCCUCAAGGAACCUCACGUCCAUCUCGUUAUUGUGUCCUCUACGAUGAGAAUAGGUUUGGAUCAGAUGAGAUUCAGGACCUUUUGCAUAAGCUGUGUUAUAAUUUCCAACGAUCGCCUGGAGCAGUUUCCAUUCCUGCACCCAUCUAUUAUGCGCAGUGCGUCGUGAAGAGGGCGAAAUUACAUUUUGACGGCGGGCAAAUGUUUAUGACCAAGUCAAGUUUGGCAACUCGAUAUCCCAUGUAUUAUGUCUAA